AUGGAGGUGGAUGAGGGACCAAUUACAGCUGGAGAUGGAAUCAAAACCUUCGUAGAUGAGGUUGAACAUACAGUGAGACAAGCUCGUGUCGCAGCGCAUAGCCAUGUGAAAGGCUUAGGUCUUGAUCCUGUAACAAGAGAGGCUCUUCCUAAUGUUAGUUCUUUACAUGUUCGAAGCAGAAACUUCAUACUGUUCAUUUCAUGUGUG